GGUAAUUUAUAAGGAUGAGAAUUACUUUAUAAAUGUUAGUCAGCUUUUUGGGACUGACUUGGAGUUUUCCAAUGGGAAAUGUGGGUUUUUCCCCCCUCCCCUCACCAUAUUUUAUGGACAGAAAGGAAGCAUCCCAAGUAAAACUAUUAGUUCCACUUGAAAGUUAUGUGUCUAUAGAAUCUAUUUAUGAAGUCUGCUUGACUACAAUAACAUAAAUAAAAAUAUUUAUUAGUAAAAUUAUCAAUGACUGACAUUAUUUGUAGCACUGAAGAGUCCUUACUUGUGGGGACUUAAAAUAUUACAAAAGGAGUGAUUUAACUAUCUAAACAUGUGAAGUUCAUCUUAUUUUAAAUCAGCUACUUUUUCAACCUCUGAAUAUUUACCUUUUACACAUGUAAAUUUUAAAGUUGUACUUCAAUUUGGCAAAAUUUAACAUAAUGUGGCUAAAGCUAAAAUUUGUAAGAUCUUUACUCAAUAAAACAUAAUAUUUGUUGUUCAUAAUAUUUCUUAGGAAAUAUUAAAAAUUCUUCCAGGGUGGAGAUAGUAAGUCGACAACUCUUCAGAUGAAGUUCAGCAUGUUAGGUAAUGUGUAGCUAUAAAUGGAAUGGAACAUAGAUUUCUGCACUUAGAGAGCUUAUAAUCACACACACAAGCAUGGACCUAUUAAUAGCACAUAGACACAUGCUGUCUUCCAGAAAGAGAAUGACUAAAAGGAAACAAACACAUUCUGUUACACAGCAAGUCAAGGGAAGAUGAAUCCUAACAGAGAGAGUCAGUGGUAGAAAAUGGAAUUAGUUCACUCUCAGUGAUAGUGCUGCAAGAUAAUAAAUACCAAGUAUUCUCACUCCAGAACGAGGUGUUGGAUUAACUAGGUAGAUUCUGCAUAGAAAUUAUCUUAAAUCAGGUUUUGUGACCUUGAACACUCACUCACACCGAACGCCUGAAAGGGUUCAGCUGAAGUGGCCAGGGGUUUAGAGAUUGAAAGGAUGAGUCCUCUGGAGUGAGCUAUGGAAUGAGUCACGUGAUCUCCAUGGAGGGACCUCAUCACUUCCACGAAGAAUGACUUAUUUAAUGGACAAGUUUGGAAAAGAGGAUGAGUGUACCCAGGUCAGUGGUUCCUCUCCUCUUAUUUGGAGCCAGCUUAUCUCAGAAUGCACAGGAUUUCUACAGCUCCACAGGGUGAAACUGGAGAACAAAAUAAAUAUCCAAAAACUGGAUUUGAGAAAGCUGGAAGUGAAGAUGGAAAAUUUUAAGAAAUUAAGUAACACAAAUGAGCCAGCAGAGUCUAUCGAAAUGACCCGCCUCUGUGACCAUCUAAUACAGAAGAUCACUUAUCAUAAACAUUGGAAACUUCUAGAACAGUGGGAAUUUGAAGCUAGCAUGUGGCAAAAGAAAGAAUUCUGGAUGUAGGGUCAUAAAACAUUUUUUUUUUACCACUAAGUAGCUUUGUUUGCCAACUUGAACUUCAGUUUUUCUCAUUUGUUAAAUUAAGUGAGUAAUAUUUCAUCUAUAAAUCUUACAGGAUAAAUAAACCAUAGUUAUUUGCAGGGAUAAGUUUUAUAAACCAAAUAAGGAUAAAAUAUAAGCUAGAAUUAUUGGAAAGAAUAGGAUUACUAUACAUAUGAGUUUUGCUGGCAUGAUUUGAAUAAUACAGAUGGUUAAUAAAUAGUAAAGUAAUGCUUACCCAAAAAGUCAUGCUUUCUGGAUCAAAAAAGAAUCAAACCUGCAAAACCCAUCUGGGUCUAUGGUACUGUGUCGUCUCUUCUGUUUAACAUCAGUGUGCCAAAGGGAAAGGGAUUUAAUAUUUGUAGGCACCUGUAGGCCAGGCAGUUUUAAAACAUUCAUUUAUUAGUUUAACAUUAUUUUUUGAGUACCUGACUGUACCAGGUACUUCUCAUUUAAACCUCACAACAAGGAGAUGAGGAACCCAAGGCCAGCUCAGGGAUAUUAAGAAAUAUAAGGCUAUGUUGCAAAUAAACGGCAAAACUAGAACUUAAAAUCAGGUCUAAUUCUCUAGCUAUUUGUCUGCAGUGAUGUUACACUGAUCCCCAGUUCUAGCACAAAACAGGUUUUCAUCUAAAAAAAGAUAGGAAACAUUGAGAUUGUCAUGCUUUUUUUUUUUUUUUCCACUUACCAAUUGCUUAUUUAGAAGGUACAAUUCAAUGCAGGAGCUGUGCUGGUGCGGAUUCCUUGCUCACCAUAGCCAAACCCUUAGACUGUGGUCUGUCAUCAGAGCAUCUCCCUGAUGUUCUCAUUACCAGAGCAGUGCUGCUUCUUCAGAGACACUGGCCUCUGUGAAAGUGCAGGAUUUAACAAAAUGUCUACCUUCUUCCUCCUAAGUACCAAUACUUCUUUUAAGAGUUUUGGAUUUUUUUUUCCCUCAAAUCGAAGUGGAAUUACCAAGUUCAAGAACUGAAUGCUUUUAACUCUUAAUUUG